AUGGUUACUGAUCAUUCUUAUUUUAAAUCUCAGUCAUAUUCGAGAAUACGUCGCCAAUGUCAACAGUCAAAAACAUUAUUUAUUGAUCAAGAAUUUCCAGCCUCUUUACAAUCAUUACAAAAGAAUACUAAUUCCAAAUCUUCUUUAGCUAAUGUUGAAUGGAAGAGACCAUGGGAAUUAUGUUCAAAUCCUCGUCUUGUAUCAAACUCUAAAUUGGGUAUUACUCAUGAUGUUAUUCAAGGACAAUUAGGAAAUUGUUGGUUUGUCGUUGGAAUGAGUGUUUUGGCAACGGUUAAAAAUCAAUGGAAACAACUUCUACCCGAUUACGAGAAACAAGAACAAUGGAAUCAAGAACAAGGCUACUGUGGUCUAUUUUUAUUUCGAUUUUACGAUUUUGACAAAAAAAUAGAUGUUGUCAUCGAUGAUAGACUACCGACAAUAAAUGGACAAUUGAUUUAUUCAAAAUCUCGAAAUAAUAAAGAAUUUUUUGCACCAUUAUUAGAAAAAGCCUAUGCCAAAUUAUCUGGUUGUUAUGAGAAUUUAGAAGGUGGAAAUUUACAAGAGGCUUUAAUCGAUUUCACAGGCGGAAUAUGUGAAACAUUGUCCAUUGAUCCCAUUUGUUCAUGGGAUGAAUUGAAACGGAAAGACUUAUUCUCAGUUAUUUCAAAAGCAUUUGAUCGUGGAUCGUGGUUAACAUGUGCGAUUAAUGUAACAAAUAUGCAUGAAGUAGAACAACGUUUAUCUUGUGGAUUAAUCAAGGGGCAUGCGUAUGCUAUAACAGCAAUUCGAAAUUUUAAAAUAAAAGAGAAUCCCUCGUUGUUAGCACGUUUAAUACAUAUUGGUGGACGAACAAAAGAAAUUCUGCAAAUGAUUCGAUUAAGAAAUCCAUGGGGAGAAAAAGAGUGGAAUGGUCCAUGGUCAGAUAAUUCAGCUGAAUGGAAAAAAUUGACAGAAAAAGAUCGAGCAAAUCUUGGCUUAACAUUUGAAGAAGAUGGUGAAUUUUGGAUGGAAUUUGUUGAUUUUUGUCGCUAUUUCAAUGAAAUCGUUCAGUGUUGCAUAAUGAACACAAAAACAAGGUCAUCAUUUUUGGGUCGAAGUCAACGUCGAUGGUAUGAAGGAAGAGUAAUUGGAAAAUGGUCGAGACCAGAUCGAUGCGGGGGAUGUUUAAAUUAUCGACAAACAUUUUUACAAAAUCCACAAUACAUUUUUCAAAUUCAAGCAACAAACACUACUGAAGAACGCGAAUUAUUGAUUAAUUUAGAACAGCGUAGUCGACGUUCAAUUGGUCAACAAGUAUCAAAUUUGUAUAUUGGAUUUAUAAUUAUGAAAUGUGAAUCUAAUCGACAAUAUCGUCUACAUCAACUUUAUCCUGUUUUGUUACAUUCCAGUUUUAUUAAUUGUAGAAAUGUAUUUGCUAGAACAAAAUUAACUUAUGGAAAAUAUAUUAUUAUUCCUAGUACAUUUGAUCCAGACUGUAUUGGUGAUUUUCAACUUCGUUUAUACACUGAAGAAAUAAAUCUGUUAUCACCUUUAGAACUCGAGUAUCCCACUCCUCAUCCAUUAUACUCGUGCUUUCCGUGUUUAAUUCGUGGUCCUGUUCGUUAUGUCGUCCAUUUAAAUGUAGAAUCUGCUGAUCUUAUCUAUUCGGCUAAAAAGCCUCUUGUUAUACACACGUACAAACCUUACAUUGAAGUACAAUUUCAAAAUAAUCGACAACAAAUAUCACCUCUUUCUUCUGAUUCUACAAAUCCAAAAUGGAAUUUUCAGUUGAUUUUUUAUUCAAGAAAAAAAUUACAGACAUCAAAAACUUCAUUAGGAAAUUUACUUACAAUCGUUAUUAAAGCAAAAAAUAUUCUACAUUCACAUUUUCUUGGACAAAUAUGUUUAAAUGAAGAUUUUUUUCGACAAAAUUUGAAUCAGCGUCUACAAUUUGAUAAAACAUUAGAUACGAGUAAACAGAAGAAUUGCAUAGAAUCGGCAAAUGUUCGUUUUAUUUUUGAAAUAAGUCAAAAUCCGAAAGAAUUCUAA